AUGUCAUCAGAACAAAUUCAUAUGACAAGUUCUUCAAAACAACGUUCAGUAUUAAUUGGAAGAAGGGCUGAACAAAGCAAAUCAUCUAAUUCUCUUCCAGGGACACCAUUACAACAAAUAUCAUCACCUAAAAAGCAAGUUUCUUCAUUAUAUUCAUCAACACAAAUAACAGAAACGUCUACCCCAACAGAAGAAGUUAAAGAAGUCAUAAAAAAAGAUGACAAGAUAAAUAAAGGAUUAUUUUGUGAAUUACCAAGUGGUUCUCCAAUUGAACAAAAACUCCAAGCCCUUCAAUUGUAUGAAGUAAACUUAGAUAAUUCAUUAAAGAAAUUAUGUAAAACAAAUCAACUCCAUUUUAAACCAACAUACACACAACAACAAAAAGAAUUAAUGCAACAAAUUCUUGAUCAGUAUCCUAAAGAAAUGUUUAUUAACUGUUAUUCAUUUGGAGACCCAGGUGAAAAUUCAAAUGAAUUAAAUGGAUUAAAAGAAAUAUUAUAUAAAUUAGAAGAAACAAUUCAUACAGUAAAUGAAAAACUAAAUCCUCCUUUUGUUCUUCCUUAUAGCAAAAGACAAACAAUUCCUGAUUUUGUUUAUAAAAUUGGAGAUACUUAUAAUGUUCAAAUGGAAAUUCUUACUGUUAAAAUGAGAAUUAGAAAAGCUUAUUAUGAGUUAUACGCUAUGGUUAAAUCAGCACAAAUGUCAACUUAUAAAGAAGAUGUAGAAUGUUUUAAUGAAAAAGUUAAUGUUCUCAGUGAAAGUCUAAAAAGAGAAAAAGAAAAAAUUUCAAAUCAAAAACGUUCUGCUUUUAUUAAAGUUAGUCUUCAAACAGAUUCUAAAGGUAUUGAAACUGAUGAUAAAGGAGAAGUUGUUUCUGGUUCUAUUGAUGCAUUAAUAAGAUGGGCAGUCAAUCCAAAUAUUGAUAAUAAUAUUAAAUUUAUAGAAACAUUACUUAUUACUUACAGACAAUAUCUUGCUCCAACAGAAUUUUUUAAUAAAUUAAUUGGGUUAUACAAUGAAAACAAAAAUGAAUCAAAUAAUAAACAAAUUAGAGAUGUACAACAUAAAACUAUUCUUAAAAUUCUUUUUAUGUUAUCUAAAUGGAUGUCUUCAUUCCCUCAUGACUUUAUGGAUGGUGGCAAAGAAGCAUUAUUACCUCUUUUGGACCAAUUCAUUAAACAAAAUGAAAAUGAUACAUUGUUGAAGAAAACCACACUUAAUAAACAAAUGAUGAUUCAAAGUGCUUCUCAAAAAUUAACUAUUGAAGAAAAACUUGAUAUAGUUAAUGUUCAACAAGAAUAUACUAUUUCUACUUUACCAACUGAACAGUUUGCUCAACAACUAACUUUAUAUGAAUAUGAAUUAUUUAAAUCUAUUGAAGCAAAAGAAAUGUUAGGAAAUGCUUGGACUAAAAGUGAUAAAACAGAGAGAAGUCCAAAUCUUUGUGCAUUGAUAGACCAUUUUAACUCAAUUACAAAUUGGGUUAUCUCUACUAUUGUUGAUGAAUCAAAUAUAAAACAACGUGCAACAAUUAUCAAAAAAUUUAUUUCUAUCGGAGAGGAGAUGCUUCGAUUAAAUAAUUAUAACGGAGUUUUCGAAAUGUUUUCUGGGCUGAACUCAACUCCAGUUGGUCGAUUAAAAAUGACAUGGGAAGAAGUUGGUAAUUUUUCAAAAAAAAUGAAAGCAUUAGAAAGGGUAACUAUUCCAACAGGAAGUUAUCAAGCAUAUCGUGCUGAUAUUAAAUCUCAUCAGUCAUUCCCUUGUAUUCCAUUUUUUGGAGUCUACCUUCAAGACUUAACUUUUAUUCAUGAAGGUAAUGAAGAUAAAAAUGAAAAUGGUGAUGUAAAUUUUGUAAAAUGUUCAUUAACAACAAAAGUGAUUGAAGAUAUGUUAUUUUAUAAAAGGUAUUAUGAGUAUUACCGCAACCCAGAAAUCCUUGCUUUUAUUAGGAAGAUUGAGAUUAGAUGUUUGACAAUGGGUGAAAAAGAACUUUAUGACAAGUCAUUAAUUAUUGAACCACGUCAACAAAAUUGA